CACACUUAUCCUUGUUCCGCCCGCUGUUGCUCCGACGAUAUCGGACAAGCAAAGUACAAGUAGUGCAACCCUCACGCACGCCGAUGUGCGCGUUGCUCCUCUCACCAUGACGCAGAACGGGUUGCUCGACGCGAGUAGCAGCAGCAGGGGCACGAGCACUGCAACAGCAUACCACGGCCCCGUGGUACACAGUCUCAGCCUGACGCAGCUCGAGGUCCUGCCCAGCGCUUUACUCGUCGUCUCCGACGGCCGCGUCGUUUCGCUCGACAAGGAUGUCGCGCGCGCCGAUGUGUCGCACUUGCUCGCCUCGCGAGGCGUCAGCGCGGACAUCGUGCACGUCGACGAGGGGUUCCUCUGCCCCGGGCUGAUAGACACACAUACCCACGCACCCCAGUACCCCAACAACGGCCUCGGCGGGUCGCUCGAGCUCCUCCCCUGGCUCCAGACGCUCACCUUCCCGCUCGAGACGCGCUUCUCCGACCUGACGCUCGCGCGGCGCAUCUUCUCGCAGGUCAUCGACCGCACACUGGCCGCAGGCACCACAACGUCGUGCUACUACUCGACGCUACACGUCGACGCCAGCGUUCUCCUGGCGCAGCUGUGCGCCGAGGCGGGGCAGCGCGCGUUCGUCGGGCGGUGCAGUAUGAACCGCUUCUGCUCGGACGACUACGUCGAGGCGUCCACCGCCUCCUCGAUGGCGAGCACCAAGGCGUUCCUCGCGCAGGUGUCCUCGCUCCCCUCCAUCGUCAAGCCGAUCCUCACCCCGCGCUUCGCUAUCAGCUGCACGCCCGACCUCCUCUCGGCGCUCGGCGAGCUGGCCGCGCAGACGGGCCUGCCGAUCCAGACCCACAUCGCGGAGAACACGUCCGAGUGUGCCGAGAUCCGCCGCCUGUUCCCCGCUUCUGCGACCUAUGCAGGCGUGUACGCCGCCCACGGGCUGCUGACGCCGCGCACGAUCCUCGCGCACGCCGUGCACCUCGACGACGCGGAGCGCGAUGUGAUCGCCUCGCACGGCGCAGGCAUCUCGCACUGCCCCGCGUCCAACACCAACCUCAACUCUGGCGCGGCGCGCGUGCUCGACAUGCUCGCGCACGGCAUCAAGGUCGGGCUGGGGAGCGACUGCUCGGGCGGGUGCAGCCUCGGCAUCCUGCCGCAGAUCCGGGACGCGCGGACCGUCUCGCGCAGCCUCGCGUUCGAGGGGCUCGCGGAGCGCGGGCUCAGCAUUGCCGAGCUGUUCCACAUGGCUACCCUCGGCGGCGCGAGCCUGUGCGGGUUCGACGACGUGGGUAACUUUGCCCCUGGGGCCCAGUUUGACGCGCUCUGGGUGAAGCCCCGCAGCCCCGGCAUGUGGGUCGAGGACGGCGAGGCAGUCGAAAGCGUGUUUGAGAAGUGGCUCUUCACGGGGGACGACCGCGACAUUGCGACGGUGUGGGUACAGGGCCGGCGCGUGGCGGGCGCCGAGAAGGCAUAAGGGGGAAGUAGGCAUCACGAGUUGUAUACGUCUCUACAACAUAGAACUACAUGCACACCAGUACACUAAAACUCGCUGUCGAGCGGGCGGAGGCGCGGCGUGCGG